AUGCGAGAAGCAGAUGCGCGUCCAGCUGCAUGUGACGGUGUCCUAUCCGAGCUACCCUACCAAAAGUUGGUUCCAGGGAAGCGAACUGGCAGGUACAUACGUGUUCCAGACAUCGGCGAGCUAGCAGAUGAGCAUGAGCAGCAUUCCGUCUAUAUUCGAAAUGCCAGGAGCAUCGAAGCUACGCUUGAAACCACUGGCUUCGAACUAAGGAAGCAUGCGACAGAAUGCACGAACUUUUUUGAUCCGUGUGCAGUGGCUACAAUCUAUUACCCAGAAGUUGAAGCACUCGUGAGGCAUUCUACAGGUUGUGGGGAUGUGAUUGUUUUUGACCAUACAAUUCGCGAAAGUGGCGCCACUGGCCUCAAUGUCCUUUCUGAGACAUCUCAAGCGGCUGCACCCGUUUUGAGGGUUCACACAGACUACACAGAUGAGUCGGCACCUCGCAGGCUGCGAGAUCUGGUACGAUCAGAGAGCUACACGGGCACAAAAUUGUCCGAGGAGGACUGCGAGCGAAUCCUGAGCUCCAGGUACUGCUUCAUCAAUGUCUGGAGAAGCAUCGCGGAAGAGCCGGCACUAAGAUGUCCGCUGGCCGUUUGUGACGCCAAAUCUGUGGACUAUUCCAAAGCCAUUAAAUACGAGAUGCACUUCCCAGAUCGGAUUGGGAGCAACUAUGCACUCGAGUUCUCUCCAGACCACAAAUGGUACUACUACCCUCGGAUGGUGAAGGACGAGAGUCUUUUGUUCAAGGUCUUCGAGAAGGACCAUUCAAGAACGCAAUCAGUGUUUCACACCGCCUUCCAGGACCCCACAACACCUGAGGAUGCACCAACCCGUCGAUCCAUCGAAUGUCGGACUAUUGCCUGCUUUGCGUCGGUGUGA